AUGCAACAGCAACUUCUAGACAUUUUACCAAAAGAUUGGAAUGUAUUCAUUAUCAAUGGUAAUCAACGGCCUGUAACAACGGCUCUUCGAAAACAAAUACGAAGACUGAGUCCGAACUUAGAUCAACCACCUGAUACAAAAUCAAUCUUGGUGAUUUUCUAUUUUUCUGUUGGAUAUCUUAAGAAACCAAAGCCUCGUCAUCGAAACAGAAAAAAUGAUAUUCGUUCUGGCUCACCAAAUUCAAAUAAUACUACACCGCUUCAACCAGUCGAUAACUUACAGGUACCGAUUGUUCAACCAGUACAAACGGCAUCAACUGAACGUAUUAGUACAGAAGAUUCAAAUGAUACAGUGAUGCUUCAGUCUGCCGCACACUUAGUGACAUCAGUUGCUCUACCAGUACAAAACGGAACAACUCAGUCUGAUAUUGCAGAAAAUAUGAAUGAUGCUGUGAUACUUCAGUCAAUCGAAGAUUUAGUAAGUCCAAUUACUCUACAAAUACAAGAACCAUUGAAUGAACCUGGUUUUACACAUAUCUAUUCAUCAAUAUCACCUGUUCAACUCAAAUCAACAUCUGUUCAUGGUAAAAUUUAUGACAAAGUUGCUUGCACAUACUUAUCUAUAAUUGAGAACGAGCUUUUCUAUAAUACACCUUUGAUUGAGAAGUUUCUAAUAAAAUACUCAUCAUUCGAGAAGAUUCAUAGAUUUGUUAGAAUGACAUCGCUUCGUUUUGUAUUUUUAUUACGUUAUUUGUAUUGCCUGAGAAAUAAAGAAAGAAAUAGUUUUAACACAUCAAACUUCUACUUUAUUUAAUUUGGGAUUGUCUUAAAAGACUCGUCUGUCAACAUUCAUUCAUUGCAGCGAUUCAAAGAUGUGAUCCAAGACCUGAUGCAGAUUCUCAAACAAUUAAUAAUGAUUUCGAAAAGUAAGUUUCUAUUGUUAUCAUUUCAAUUCGUAGUUAGAAAUUCUGAUAUAUUUACGCUUGUAGUUUAAGUAAUAAGAAAAUCAAAUCAUUAGUAUUCUUUUUAAAUGACAAAAAAAAAAUGAAAUUGUUUUGUUGUUCAAUUUAUAUAUGAAUCCGAAUACGAAUGACGAUGAGUUGUAAAUUUUAAAUAUAGACUAUAAAAAUUCCAAUUUAUUUGAAACACAGAUAAUUUUGAUUCAAUUUUUAAUUGAUUAAAUUGUUAACUAAUUCGUUUGUAUUUGUUGUUGUGAUUUCAUAUCGAUGAGACGAUUAAAGAAAAUACUGCAUAAAGACUUGCAAUCAUCAUGAAAAAGGGUUUGUAAAAUAAAUCCACUUGUAACAGUAUUCAUGACCCAAUAAAUUUAUAGAGUUGAACUUCUGUCGAUAUUUCAACCCAUUAAUAAGGCAUGUAAUACAUGUGCACUUUACAACUUCAUUUUCAUUAAAGUUUCUACUUGCUCCAACGUGUUUGUUUUUACUUUUACUAUCACUUAUACCUAGUACUCGUAAGAAAUAAGAUAAUAUAAUUUUGAUUUGUUUAUUGAAUAAAUUAUAAAUUGAAGAUAGACAAUUAGUAUUUAAACUAAAUCGAAUAUUGUAUAAUUUAGAUUUAAAAAUAAAUAUAACAUGAUAAGUGAUUUUUUUUAAAUAUAAAUUUGCAAAGAAAUUUUAAAUUACGAGUAUU